CCCCACGUGCGGCACAGCAAUGGCGGCCCCCGUGAGGGCCGGGAGCGUGGCCCCGGUGCCCGCCAGAGCCCGAGCCCCCGUGCGACACGUGGCACAGCAGAUCCCCGAGGAGAUCCUUGGAAACUCGGAGCUGCAGGAGGCAGUGAAGGCCCUGCCCCCAAACUACAACUUCGAGAUCCCCAAGACCAUCUGGCGGAUCCGGCAGGCUCAGGCCAGGAAGGUGGCCCUGCAGAUGCCAGAAGGGCUCCUCAUGUUCGCCUGCACCAUCGCGGACAUCAUUGAGCGGUUCACGGGCGCAGAGGCCGUGGUGAUGGGUGAUGUGACCUACGGCGCGUGCUGCGUGGACGACUACACGGCCCGGGCCUUGGGCGCUGACUUCUUGGUGCACUAUGGACACAGCUGCCUAAUUCCCAUCAACUCCACUCAGGGGCUGAAGAUGCUCUAUGUGUUUGUGGACAUAAAGAUCGAUGCAUCCCAUUUCCUUGAGACCAUUCGCUUCAACUUCGUGGCAGGUGCCUCCCUGGCCCUCGUCAGCACCAUCCAGUUUGUCUCCACGCUGCAGGCAGCGUCACAGGAGCUGCGCUCCCAGUACAAGGUGUGUGUGCCCCAGUGUAAGCCACUGUCCCCAGGAGAGAUCCUGGGCUGCACAUCGCCCCGGCUCGCCAAGGACACGGAUGCCAUUGUGUAUUUAGGUGACGGGCGCUUCCACCUGGAGUCCAUCAUGAUUGCCAACCCGGGGAUACCUGCAUACAGGUAUGACCCCUACAGCAAGGUGUUCUCCCAGGAGCACUACAGCCACGAGCGCAUGCACCGCGCUCGGCAGGAUGCCAUCCGCGCUGCCACCACUGCCCGCUGCUGGGGGCUCAUCCUGGGCACACUGGGGCGUCAGGGCUCCCCCAAAAUCCUGCAGCACCUGGAGUCACGUCUCCGUGCCCUGGGCCGGCCCUAUGUGCGGGUGCUGCUGUCUGAGAUCUUCCCCAGCAAGUUGCAGCUCUUCCCAGAUGUGGAUGCGUGGGUGCAGGUAGCCUGUCCCCGGCUCUCCAUUGACUGGGGAGAAGCCUUCAGCAAGCCCCUGCUGACACCCUACGAGGCUGCGGUGGCUCUCCAGGACAUCGAGUGGCAGCAGCCUUAUCCCAUGGACUUCUACGCCAGCCAGUCCCUGGGGCCGUGGACGGCGAACCACGGCGGCACACAGCCCCCGCGCCGCGGGCGGCCGGCACAGGAGAAGCCACCCGACCCCCCCGCCCCGCCGGAGGGUGGGGAGAAUCCAAGCACCGGGGACCCCGCAGCCUCGUGAGGGCAGCCUGCACCCGGUCCUGCAGCCGCCGCGCUCCGGGACCCGGCGUGGGCAGGGCCGGGGGGGGCGCAGGCGCUGCCUCCCGCCAGGGUAAGCACCACCGGGGCACUCCUCCGGUACCUGCGCUGGAAUGGAUGCGGACGCACCCCGUAACUCGACGACACCGCUGCCCGCACGGACCGCCCCGUCUGCCCGCGGGGAGUGACUCCCUGCAAGGCCAGGCCGUGCUGCAGCCCCAGUAGCACCGGGGGUCCCGUCCCGACACUUCGGGACCGCCCCGUCUUCCCCUGCUCUGCGGCCUCCCGCCGC